UAAUAAUUUAAGAUAAAAGGGUUCAUUAAAUAUAAAUAUAAUAUUGUUAUUACAAAUGGUCAAAAAAGACUUUAAACUGUUCUACAAAAACGACGGAAAAAAGACAAAACCACUCUAGCUGUUCAAAUGACCAGUAUUUCACUAAGAAGUAAAUUCCGAGGUUGUCUCAUGGGCACAUUAUUGGGUGAUUGUUUAGGAUCGGUAUUCGAAAACGAAACAAUGACCCAUGCCCUGAGGUUUGUUGUGAAAACUCUUCUCGAACACUUCGAAGAUCAAGACUUCGAACAUUCCGUGAAUAAAAUCAAAGGCACUGCAUCUUUGAUGAGAAGUCUGGGACACUCGAUGUUAGAAAAUUUACCCACUGAUUACAAGGCAAUUGGAGUAAAACUGGCAAACGAUUUCUUUUUGACAGACAAAAGGGUACAUGGUGAAUCAGUAGCGGAGGUAUUAUAUAGAUUAAAAUUUUUAAAGCCGGAAGACGACGUAUUUCAGGCGGCAAAAGAAAGUCACCAUGGAAUGGGGUCGCUUGGAAGCAGUGCUGCAACAAUGAUUGCACCAUUAAGUCUUUAUUAUUACGAUGAUUACAACACCAUGAUUAAAGAGACAAGAAAUAUUUCAAAAAUAACCCACACGCAUCCAUUGGGAAUCAACGGUGCACUACUUCAAUGUAUCGCCAUUCAUCAGUGUCUUCAUGUCCGCGAAGAUUCUUUAGAAGUUACCGAUUUUAUGAAUCAACUUCUAACGAAAAUUAAAGCCAUAGAGGAGAAUGAAAAGGAUCGUCCCUUUUCUAAUAAACUUUUGCAUGUUUCGGAACGGCUAACCCAGAAAGUUCCCGAAGAUUUAUCAGAUGAGUACUCGUAUAUUGCACAUGAACUAGGCCAUGGUAGUAAAGCUUUGGAAUGCGUGCCCACAGCGAUUUUUUGCUUUUUGCGUUGCAAAGAGACGAUUCCCGAAAUGGAGUCAAAUUGUUGGUUUCGGAAAACGUUGGAGUAUGCCAUAUCAUUGGGAGGGGAUACCAAAAAAUUGGCAUGCUUGGCAGGUGGAUUGGUUGGGGCGCUUACAGGAGAAGAUGAAUGCUGGGAAGCGCUGAAAAGGGCUUCCAAACGUUCCGAAGAAGUGUUAAAACUAGCCGAUGAUUUGUACGAAAUUACAAUAAAAAAAUCGAAAACGAAUUAG